GGAGCAGGAGAGGUUCAGAUGUGUGAGGCGCCCUCCAGAUCAAAAAGUUAUUAACGGCGCCGGGAGUUCUGCUUUUGACACAAAAACUGGGUUACGUGUAGCAGUGAAGAAGCUAUCCAGACCAUUUCAGUCCAUCAUUCAUGCCAAAAGGACCUACAGAGAACUGCGGUUACUUAAACAUAUGAAACAUGAAAAUGUGAUUGGUCUGUUAGACGUUUUUACACCUGCAAGGUCUCUGGAGGAAUUCAGUGAUGUGUAUCUGGUGACCCAUCUCAUGGGGGCCGAUCUGAACAACAUCGUGAAAUGUCAGAAGCUUACGGAUGACCAUGUUCAGUUCCUUAUCUACCAAAUUCUCCGAGGUCUAAAGUAUAUACAUUCAGCUGACAUAAUUCACAGGGACCUAAAACCUAGUAAUCUAGCUGUGAAUGAAGACUGUGAGCUGAAGAUCCUGGAUUUUGGACUGGCUCGGCAUACAGAUGAUGAGAUGACGGGCUAUGUGGCUACUAGGUGGUACAGGGCUCCUGAGAUCAUGCUGAACUGGAUGCAUUACAACCAGACAGUUGAUAUUUGGUCAGUGGGAUGCAUAAUGGCCGAGCUGUUGACUGGAAGAACAUUGUUUCCUGGUACAGACCAUAUUGAUCAGUUGAAGCUCAUUUUAAGACUCGUUGGAACCCCAGGGGCUGAGCUUUUGAAGAAAAUCUCCUCAGAGUCUGCAAGAAACUAUAUUCAGUCUUUGACCCAGAUGCCGAAAAUGAACUUUGCAAAUGUAUUUCUUGGUGCCAAUCCCCUGGCUGUCGACUUGCUGGAGAAGAUGCUUGUGUUGGACUCAGAUAAGAGAAUUACAGCAGCCCAAGCCCUUGCACAUGCCUACUUUGCUCAGUACCAUGAUCCUGAUGAUGAACCCGUGGCUGAUCCUUACGACCAGUCCUUUGAAAGCAGAGACCUCCUUAUAGACGAGUGGAAAAGCCUGACCUAUGAUGAAGUCAUCAGCUUUGUGCCGCCACCCCUUGACCAAGAAGAGAUGGAGUCCUGAGCACCUGGUGUCUGUCCUGUUGAUCCCAUUUCACUGUGAGGGGAAGGCCUUUUCAUGGGAACUCUCCAAAUAUCAUUCAAGUGCCUCUUGUUGCAGAGAUUUCCUCCAUGGUGGAAGGGGUGUGUGUGCGUGUGUGUGUUUGUGUUUUGGAAUGUGUGCAUGUGUGUGUCUGUCUUUGUGGGAGGGUAAGAGAAUAACACGAGCAAACUAUGAUCACAGUGACUUUACGUGGAGCUGCGGAUGCUCCGUGGCAGCCUCCGCUUCCUCUUCUUCCUGAGAGUCAACUCAGGCAGGCAAGAGCUGCCAUCUUGUUAAGGAUACGUCAAAUGCAGAGUAAAAAAUACUAAAUGUCCCCAAUCCCAGUCGUGCUUUUGCCACUUUGGCUUCUCCUGUGGCCCACUUUGACGGUGCAGAGUAGACUUGACCACAUCCCACAGUGGCACAGAGAGAAGGCUCACACCUUCCGGCUGCUUCAGACCUGAAUCUAUCCCUCAGCAAUGCAAACAGCCAAAAAGGACCAACUGGCCUAUGUGCACUAGCCUGUGAUUAACUUGCUUAGUAUGGUUCUCAGAACUUGACAGGUGUAUUUGAAACUGUAAAUAUGUCUGUGCCUUAAGAGGAGAGGAAAAAGUAUAGAUAGUUAAAAAACUGCAGCUGCUGAAAUGUUCUGAGCCAGGCAAGCAGACAGGGCUGUCGGACGGCUGCAUUAUGGGCCCCAAGUCACCAGGCAGGCUCAGAGGCGGCCAUGUGUGCGCAUGCAUAUAUGUGCAUCUCUUUCUCCCUUACCCCCAGGUGUGGCCAUGUCUCUGCUUACCCUUUACCUUCAGUGCAGAGGUUUCUUGAAUAUUGGCCCCAGUAGUCAGAAGCAGGUUCUUGCUGUCAGUGUACUUCCUGUGUACUCUUUUAUUUCUAGCAGAGUGAGGAUGUGUUUUGCAUGUCUUGCUAUUUGAGCAUGCAUAGCUGCUUGUCCUGUUCUCUUUGGGAGGCCCUGGUGCCAGACGGGUUUGCCAGUGAAGACUUCUUGGGUAGUUUAGAUCCCAUGUCACCACAGCUGAGGUUAUGGCAAGUGAAAUCAUCCUCUCUCUAACCCCUAGUGCUAUUUUGUGUUGAACACAAUUGAUACUCCAGGUGCUUUUGAUGUGAAAACCAUGAAAAAUAGAACAGAUGGAUGUAUAGUAUUUUAUUUCUUGCCAUCUGCGUUUCAACAAACUAUUUUGGGGGAAGUAUCAUGGGAAAGAUCAGGGCUUUCCCCAGGAAUAUCCCAAACUUUGGAAAACAGGUUAUUCUCUUCACUCCCAAUAACCAUUGCUAAGACAUGCUGAAAAGAAGAAUGAAAAAUAAAAGCUCAUGAGGCCAGAAACUCCUUUUGCUAUCUUUCUCUAAACAUGGUUAUUUAAAAGCAUACAGUAACAAGGUGUCUUUUCCGUUCCUCUAUGGAAAAGGGUCUUCUUGGCAGCUUAACAUAGACUUCUUGGUCUUGGUUUGGGAAGAAACAAAUUUUGUACAUUGCAGGAAUCCUUUGAGAAUGUGAUUCCUUUUGAUGGGGAGAAAGGGCAAAUUAUUUUAAUAUUUUGUAUUUUCAACUUUAUAAAGAUGAAAUAUCCUCAGGGGUGGAGAAGAGCUGUUUUCUUAACUUUCUGAAUUUCAGGCAUUUUGUGCUCCGUGAGGGCCCAUAUAUUUAAGCCCUUAGUGUAAUCAGAAGUGUAAAACCGCUUCCAGUGUUGACUGUGUGACAGAAUCUUGCAUUUGGGCCAAGGUGUUUUCAUUUCCUAUCAGUGCAGUGAUACUCCAGAGGGACAGGGAGAAACCCUGAAUCAACUGGAGCAAGAAGGAAGGAGGCAGACUGGUGGCGAUUCCAUCUCACCUGGGAUUCUCCCCUCUUUCAAAGGAAGUGAAUGUAAAGACCUCAUCUCCUAUAUAUGCAGUUCAAAUCCUCACCAUCCACAGCAAGAUGAAUUUUGUCAGCCGUGUUUGGUUGUAAAUGCUAGUAUGGUUUCCUACAGAAAUACUGCUCUGGAUGUUUUUCAUAAAGGUCUUUGCACAUGUGACCAGAUAUGUGUUAGGAGGCUGCUUGCUCCAGGAGCCUGAACUCUUGAGCUGGAGCUCUCGGGAGAGCUCUUUGGUUUCUGAGCAUAAUGCUCCCAUCUCCUGAUUUCUCUGGACAGAAAACAAAAGAGAGAAUGAGGGAAACUGCUAUUUUAUUUGUAUUCAUGAACUUGGCUGUAAUCAGUUAUGCCAUAUAGGAUGUCAGACAAUACCACUGGUUAAAAUAAAGCCUAUUUUUCAAAUUCAGUGAGUUUCUCAAAUUUCUUAUCUUUUUCUCUUGAUUGUUUUUGUUUAAUGCACACUGUAGCUUUAUAUCUGUUUUUUUCAACUGUAGCCUGGCAUAUGUUUCUGAUAGAUCAUAAUAUUACUCCUAAAAUUUACAGAAUAUUGACAGAGCUCCUUAGUUGCAUGUUUUAUGGUGAAGAGAGUCUGGGUCUCUGUGGACGGGUAAAGCGGAGGGCAAGUAAACAGCACAUUGCAUGGCAGGGUCUGUAUGAUCUACACUUGGGUGUAAGAGUGGCCCAGGACAGGGGUCAGCAAACUGUGGCCUGAGGGCAAAAUCCUGCCUACCACCUGUUCUGUGUAGCCUGCUAAGAAUGGUUUUUUAUUUGUAAAUGGUUGAAAAACAAAAGAAGAAUAAAUUUUUGUGGCAUGCGAAAACUUAAUGUAAAAUUCAAAUUUCAGUGUCCAUAAAUAAAGUUUUAUUAGCGUAUAA